AUGGUUAAAUUACGCGCUGAUUCUGAUGAUGAAAUGUCAGAUGAGAAGCCACCUAUUAGGCGAUCAAGGAGGAAUUCAGUGAAGCAGACGAAUAGUAGAGCAACUCCACCGCCGAAGAGUGACAAAGUUAGGAAAACAAACAAUAAUGAUAAGAUACCACGAAAGCCAGGAAGACCAAGGAAAUCUGAAACUAAAAAGAAACACACCCAGAAUCAGGUUUCACGGAGAGUGGGAAGACCUGCCCUUGCUGAAAAGAAUAGAGAACGCUCGGUAACGAAGGGAGCAGUGAAGUUGGAGAAUAGUAGUACCAACAGCGAUAAUAGUAGCGACGAGAAAGACCCAAUAUCAGUAAAAAUGGAGGAAGAUGCAGAGAGUAUGACUAGUGGUAGCAGCAGUACCGAGAAAGACAGUGAUGAAGAACGUAGAAUGUCUGAUUAUAGCGGAAGUGACAGCGAAGAAGAUGAUGAUGUUGAGGCUGAUAAAUCUGACGAAGAAGACGUUAUGGAGGUCGAUGAACCUUCAAGUGAUGAAGAAAGACCUAAAAGGAGAUCACGAUCUGCGAAACCCCCACGUACACCUAACGCUAAGCGUUAUGAACUACAUAGGCGCGCAGCUAAAGCUGUCAAACCAUUACCUGCACCGGCUAUUGAAAGUCUGAAUGAUACCACAGAUAAGGAUGCGCGCUCUCUUUCGCGUGCACUACUGCACGUAGGUGCUACACCUGGAUACCUCCCUUGUCGUGAAGAUGAAUACCUGAUGAUUGAGGGCUGCAUAGAGAGUCUCCUAGAGGAUGGACAAGGUGGUUGUGUUUACAUUUCUGGUACUCCUGGAACAGGUAAAACAGCAACAGUACACUCUGUUAUUAGGGGAUUGAUAGAAAGAUCUAACAAUAUGGAAAUUACGCCAUUCAAGUACGUGGAGAUCAAUGGUCUUAGGGUUUCUGAACCAGCAAGAGCUUACCCGAUUCUUUGGGACGGUCUUAAAGGGGACCAGAUGAGUCUUUCACCAAAAGCUGCGCUCAAUGCAUUAGAGAACUACUACGCGAAAGGAAGCAAUGAUGAAGCAUGCGUCUUACUAAUGGAUGAGCUCGAUCAGAUGGUCACCAACAAGCAAAGCGAGGUUUACAAUUUCUUCAACUGGCCGAACAUGCCACGAUCAAAGCUGAUUGUUAUCGCUGUUGCAAACACUAUGGAUCUUCCUGAGCGUGUAUUGAGAGGAAAAGUCAAGAGUAGACUUGGUAUGGAGCGUAUUAACUUUGCGCCAUACGAUCGUAUGCAACUUAUCGAGAUUGUGCAGUCAAGACUCCGCUACGCGGUUAGCUUGGCUGAUGGCAAAGACUACACGCAUCUCACGGACGAAGAUACCAGAGGGAUUUUUGAUGAGGAUGCUGUUAAAAUUGCAGCUGCUAAAACAGCCUCUGUGCAGGGUGAUGCUCGAAGAAUGCUCGAAGUCUGCAGACAAACACUCGAACGUACGGUCACACUUCCCGUGAAAACAAGUCAUGUACAACAGACACUCAAAGCGAUGUCACUCUCUCCAUUGAGUAGACUGAUGUCCAGUCUCAGUCUCAGUGCAAAGAUAAUGCUAGUCUCGACGAUGCGUUGUGCAAUAGCCGCUGGUAUGGGUACUGGUGAAUGUAAAUGGGGUGAUGUAUCCAACCUCCAUUCUAAACUUAGCGCUCAAAUCAUACCGUACAAUCCACCUAUAGCCCUCAGUAAGACUGAUCAGUAUGCAAUAUUGUCGGCUUUGGCUGCGACUAGGAUCGUGCUAGCUCACGAACCCGGUGCAUCUAACACGGGUCUCAAUAAAGGUAGCGACGCUGAACGCAUGCUCAUCCUUAACAUCCCAGAAGCCGAUGUCCGUAGAGUACUCGGUGAGGAUGCUCGUUUUCAAUCUGUUUUAGGCUGA